GAGAGCAGAUCUUUUAUGAAUUGAAACGCGUACGUGUAGUACCCGCGAGAAUAUACGCGAUACGUUGUCGCGAAAGGAACACCUUUAUCAGUGCUAUCGAAAGGCAAUAGUUUUUUGUCGUUAUUUAUAUCCAAAACAAAUAUUUUGAAAACAAAUAGGAAUUGUGCAAAGCUACGAAAUUAAAGCAAUCUUGCAAGCGAUAAUUGAACCGCCAAGAUUAUGUAAAUAACCCAACAAACGAGAAAGUGCUAAUAAUUCGAAUAAUCGUGACCUUAUACCAGGUACCUUAGUAACUAGUGAAAGAAAAGCAGUACAAAACCACAUUCAUGCCUUAAAAGUGUAUCUGGAGCAAUACUUUUUAAACGAAAGAGCGCAACAACUAUAAAAUUUUAAUUGGUGCAAGUGUCUAGAAAAAGUAAUAGUGAGUGCAACGAAUAAACAGUGGCCACCAGUGACAAAAAAGUGCAACAGUAAAUAGUACAGCAAGUGUACAGUAGUGUGUGCAGGCACGUGAGAAACGGAAAAAAAUCAAAACCUGACAUUGAAUAACGCACUCGGGAAAACAAGUGCAGUUUUGUCCAUACUACCAUGAGCACCAACCGACAAGGCGGCCCAGUGGGCCGCAUUGUGGACAAAAUUAAACGAACAAUGACCAACGAAGGGGAUGAAACCCGUGAUCCCCUACAGCACGGCUAUCAACGGGUCAAUACAGCGGAAGGAUCCCUUUCCACCUCGACGACCGGCACCAGUUUGGAUACCAUCGUACUGGACACCAAUGCUGACGACCUGAACAGCACACCCAGAAUCGGAGCGCAACGAACGUUCAGUCCGAUACUGGAAACAGAGGACACAAAUCCGUUUCUGGAUCCUCUACCAAGCAGCAGAUCGCCUCCCGGCAGUGAAGCCAAAGGCAAGAUCAAAUCUUCGUUGAAAGGAUCGCGUGUGAUUUUCGACGAGGAAGAUCGGUUUGACGAGAGCGAUGAAGGUUUCCGCAAACAGCGGGAGCACUUCCAGAAGCACAAAAGUCACAGCACCUCUGAGCAUAAGAACCAGCUGAUUAAGGAACUCCGUCACCUUCUCGCCACCGACAACCGCCGGCAAUACCAGGGAAAAAAGCAUGUCUCACUUGACGUCCAGAGCUCCAAGGUGCUGGAAGAACUGCUGAGGGCCUCCUCGUCCGACGACGAUUUCGAGGGACAGCGCAGACAGUUUCAGGAGCGCAAACACAAAAGUCUAGAUGCGCGCCAUAUCUCCUUCAAGUUCGAGAAGGAACCCUCACCGUCUAGCAGUGAAGAGGACUUCGAGCCAUCGGCAUCGCUGCUGAAGAUCGACGCCGACAUUACCAAGCCAGUGAUCAUCGAUCUGAAAGAUCUAGAUUCCAGCGAGGACGAAGAUUACAUCUCCUCGCGGAAACAGUUUCAGCAGGCGAAGUCUAUGAGUACCGACUCGCGAAAAAGUAUACGUUUCUUCGAGAUGGAAAUGGGCACUAAGGAUGAAAACAUUCGCUCAGCAGUUCCCUUCGUUCGUCAAAUUACGGAGGAGGGCAAACCCAAGCUUGAAGUCUAUCGACCCACAACCAAUCCGAUCUUCAUUUGGACUCAGGUGUUGGCUGCACUGUCGGUAUCCCUUGGUUCCAUGGUCGUUGGAUUCUCGUCGGCGUAUACCUCACCGGCCCUGGUGUCUAUGAAGGAUCGCAACAUCACCUCGUUCGAAGUUACGGAUCAGUCGGGUUCAUGGGUCGGCGGAAUUAUGCCCUUGGCUGGUCUUGCCGGUGGUAUCCUUGGUGGACCGUUAAUCGAGUACCUCGGUAGGAAGAAUACAAUCCUGGCAACGGCCACUCCGUUUAUCAUCUCGUGGUUAUUGAUUGCUUGUGCUAACCAUGUGGCGAUGGUUUUAGUUGGUCGUGCUUUAUCUGGAUUCUCGGUUGGUGUGGCAUCGCUUUCCCUUCCAGUCUACCUGGGUGAAACGGUACAACCUGAGGUACGAGGUACGUUGGGUUUACUACCAACUGCGUUCGGUAAUAUCGGAAUUCUGUUGUGUUUUGUUGCUGGAAAGUACAUGGAUUGGUCAGAACUGGCAUUCCUAGGAGCCGCACUACCGGUACCAUUCCUGAUUCUGAUGUUCUUGAUUCCGGAAACGCCUCGCUGGUACGUUUCACGAGGUCGUGAUGACCGUGCUCGGACAGCUCUACAGUGGCUUCGUGGCAAGAAAGCUGAUAUUGAUCCCGAGUUGAAGGGUAUCAUCAAAUCUCAUCAGGAUGCUGAACGGCAUGCAUCGAAAAGCGCUAUGCUGGAUCUGUUGAAAAAGUCUAACCUGAAACCGCUUCUUAUUUCGCUUGGUUUGAUGUUCUUCCAACAGCUGUCUGGUAUUAAUGCCGUUAUCUUCUACACGGUGCAGAUCUUCCAAGAUGCAGGAUCAACCAUAGACGAAAAUCUGUGCACGAUCAUUGUCGGUGUAGUGAACUUUAUUGCGACCUUCAUCGCUACCAUGCUAAUUGACAGGCUGGGUAGAAAGAUGCUUCUUUACAUCUCAGAUGUUGCCAUGAUUAUUACGCUAAUGACGUUGGGUGGCUUCUUCUACGCUAAAAACACUGGACAAGAUGUUUCAGAAGUCGGUUGGCUGCCGCUGGCUUCUUUCGUUAUUUUUGUGCUCGGCUUCUCGCUCGGAUUUGGUCCAAUUCCGUGGUUAAUGAUGGGCGAAAUCUUGCCCGGAAAAAUCCGCGGAUCGGCGGCUUCGGUUGCUACCGCUUUCAAUUGGUCCUGCACAUUUGUCGUCACGAAGACAUUCGCCGAUGUCAUUGCCUCCAUCGGAACGCACGGAGCCUUCUGGCUGUUCGGCUCGGUAUGCUGCGUGGGUUUGGUAUUUGUGAUAUUGUACGUGCCGGAGACUCAGGGAAAAUCGCUGGAGGAUAUCGAACGCAAGAUGAUGGGCCGUGUCAGACGAAUGAGCUCAGUGGCUAACAUCAAACCGUUGUCGUUCAAUAUGUAGAAACAUUACCAUGCUCCCUAAUUCCACUAACUAUGAUUGACGUUUGGGCCAGACUGACCUGUCAAAUAAAUGUUCAGUGAGCCUUAAAGCGGAAACAGUAUGAGACCUCAGCUCAAAUGCUUAGAAUCAUUACUUCCAAUUCAACUGUAACCUCAAAGCAGGCAUAACUGAUGGUGCCUGAACGAAAAGUUUCUGUUUCUUUAGUCUAUGUGCUCAGAUUUUGUUGGAAGUAACAUGCAGAAACGGAAGCCUUCGAACAGACACGCGAUAAAACGAAUAGCUAAGAGAUUUAAUGUGAUAUGUUAUAUAGACAAAAUGAAGAUAGCGUCUCUCAUAGAGAGAACGGACGAAGAUUAUCAGAGAUAUUGUGCGCAAUAGUUGAAAACUAAUACAACGUUAGAAUAGCUGCUGCCAGUACAAUUGUGCGUGAGAUCUUAUAUAUGUUUAAACGAAUCUUUUCACCCAAAACAAAAAUCUCUUGCAAUUAUUGCAAGCGACAAUCACUUGCAAAUAAUGUUAGCAUCGCUUGCAAUUUUGCAGUUAAAGCCGCUUGCAAUUGUUGCAAGCAUAUAAAAUCACUUCAUCUCUCGCUAUACGUACAUACGUUUCUUCAACACACUGUCAAAGGAUUACCACCACAUACACAUGCCUAUGCUGGUUGGUAUAGCAACGCACGGCGAGUUUUUAUUUUCCGUCUACUUUUUAUUCAUUCCUCACCAACAUCAUCAAACGCAGUUGUGUGGUUUAUUCAUUACACACGAGACGGCAUCAAAUUGCGGAUGUGACAAUUGUACGAGUUUUAACGUCCUGUCCAUAUGUGUAAGGACAGAUCAGUGCUUAUAGUUAGCGCUAUGAUGCGGAAAGGCCUGAGUUUAAAUCUGGCUGCUUGUUUUACUUUUUUCAUUAAUCGUGAAAUCAUCUAAUUGUUUAUAUAUGGCUUUUAUCCACUUAUUACUAUCUGGUAGUAUGGUUGGGUGGAUAAAGCAUUGCUUAGUGAUCUGUUUGUGCAGGAUUCAUUUUUCAAUGCCAACAGUCUUUUUUUCUAACGCAUAUUGGUCACCAAUACACAUACAUCGCUAAUACAUAGGCAAAAUUAGGUUUUUCUGUUUCUUGCAUUGCAUGCAAGCAAGCUUCUUGCAAUUUUCGCACAUUACCAGAACGCUUGCAAUUUUCGCUCGUAUUUAUUGCAUUAAUGUAAGCGAAUCUUACCGGGUACGUUUUGGGUGUUGACAUUUUAAUUUUUGCCUAUUUAUAAAACUAAUGUUAAGUCCAAAAUUGCCAGCGAAAAAAAAACUGAGAUUGACAACAAGCAGCUAAUCAAUAGUAGUGAAAUGAUUGUAAAUAUAAUAUAGUUUUUAAGUUUGCUCUGGAAACGCCAGCGAGAUGAAUAAGUUCCUUUCUUAUAUACUAAAAAACUGUAAACAAGAAAUCAAAAUGAUUGAAAUUGAAGUGGCUGUUUGAUGGCCAGCAAGGAAGGCUUCUAAAAUAGGAGGUAGGAAUUAAACAAACCCCGCUUGACAUGACAUAGUGCUUGACGUAGAACGGUCCAUCGACGAUACCAAAAAUUAGAUUUUAUUUACUUCUUCCCGCAAGAGAAGACGAGACAUCAGAGGCAAUGGUGGAAUCUCCGUAAUUUAUUUAGCACCUCGAACGGCGUUAUUUGUCGAGUCUCUAGCAGGCCAGAAAAAAAUGGCUGCAUAUAGAUUUGUGCCCUUUUAAUAAUUCUGUUGAUUAAGUAUAACGAAAUUAACUAGUUUGAUAGGAACUCAAAUUUAUUAUGAUUUCAUGUAUGGAAUAAUUAUUCAAUGUACAAUAUUGUAUAAAAUAAUAAAAUAAUUUAUAUAAACAAAUAA